CCGCCGCCGGCCAUGCGCCGCCGCCUCUUCCUCCGCGCUCCCCUCCGCCACUUCCGGCUUGCCGCCGCCCGCGCCCGUAGCGCCUCGGACCGCGCCGCGAUGCCACCCGUCCUCCGCCCGCCGGCUCGCUCCCCUUCCUGCGCCCCGUCUCCGCCGCUCCUGUUCCCCCGCCGCGCCGCCGCGGGGGCGGAGUGCCUGAGGUUCGGCUGCCGGCGGUUCUCCUCCUCCUCGUGGUCGGCGUCGGCGGCCGCCGGCGGGGAAGAGGCCGGGUUUCCGGCGCGGGAGAGCGUGGAGCUUCUGGGGAUCCCCGGGGUCGGGCCAAGGAACCUGCGGAAGCUCGUCGAUGGUGGGCUCCGGGAUCUCGCGCGCCUGAAGCAGCUGUACACCGAUAAGCCUGUGGGUGGGUCUGCUGAGAAGAUGGUUCAGUUUUUGCAAAGUUCUGUUGGAAUCAUUCAUAAGAGCCAUGCAGAGAGCAUAACAUCCUUCGUCAAAGACAGUGUUGUUGGGGAACUGAAAGAGAAGAAUGAGGUACCGGCCAUGCAAUCAACCAGGGACAAGAGGAUCACCUUUUGUGUUGAGGGAAACAUCAGCGUGGGGAAGUCUACCUUCCUACAGAAAAUUGCCUAUGAGACAGUUGAACUCCGUGAUCUUGUGGAAAUUGUACCUGAGCCAGUGUCAAAAUGGCAGGAUAUUGGUCCUGAUCAUUUCAAUAUUUUAGGUGCCUUUUAUGCGGAGCCACAGAGAUAUGCCUACACCUUCCAAAAUUAUGUGUUUGUAACAAGGCUCAUGCAAGAAAAGGAGUCCUCUGGAGGAAUAAAGCCUCUUAGAUUGGUCGAACGGAGCAUCUUCAGUGAUCGAAUGGUGUUUGUGCGUGCUGUUCAUGAGGCUAAUUGGUUGAAUGGAAUGGAACUCAGCAUUUAUGAUUCUUGGUUUGACCCUGUGUUGGCAUCUCUUCCUGGCCUUAUCCCUGAUGGAUUUAUCUAUCUUAGAGCUACCCCUGAUACUUGUCACAAGAGAAUGAUGCUUCGAAGUAGAGCUGAAGAAGGAAGUGUCACAUUGCAGUAUCUUCGUGAUUUACAUGAGAAACAUGAAUGCUGGUUACUGCCUUCUGAACAUGGGAAUCACAGACUAUUGUCAGCAAGCCAAUUGCCACACAGCAUAGACAACUCCUUGCACCCUGAUAUUAGAGACAGAGUAUUUUAUCUAGAAGGGAGCCACAUGCAUUCUAGUAUCCAGAAAGUUCCUGCUCUUGUACUGGAUUGCGAACCAAAUAUCGAUUUUAGCAGGGAUGUUGAAGCUAAAAGAAAGUAUGCUCUGCAAGUGGCAAAAUUUUUUGAGUUUGUGAAGAAACUGAAAGAAGCUUCACCAGACCAAAACAUUGUCACGAAAGACAAGAAACAGCAAAUCUUGCUUCCUCACAGUGGGGGUCUCUUCCUCCGAGAUGGCAGCCCCUUAUCUGAAUCUAGUCUCAAACCACUGAUCUGAAUCUAGUCUCAAACCACUGACUUUCUAGAGGACAAUACUGCGUUAGCCAUUUUAGGGGGCAGUAGUUGUAGGGAAUCAAGACUUCUGCAGUAUUUUCAUCAUCGUAUUUAUUUCAAGGCUAGGGCUUCUCUUUUGUAGAAGAAUUUAAUCAGUGCUUAUCUGCACCAGCUGAAAAAGAAGCUGAACACAUUUUGGAGCGUCCACAGUUUUGAACUAGUAAAGCUAGAUCAGGUACUCAUUUGCUUCAAAAUUUGUGCAGCUUUCCUUACUGAAAGAACAUAAUAGGGUAUUAAAAAACUGUUAACUCUUUAAGCUUCUAGAUUGCCAUCUGGAGGAUGGUGUAUAUCUGCAGGUGUUAUUUGGUUGUAACAUUGACCCAAAUGCAUGAUCCCUAUGAUGCUAGUGCAUUAUUCUCAGUUUUUGUCA